AUGUUGUAUGCCGGGAUGUCUUCCUUUGACUCUGUAGAAAAAGCACGUAAUUGGUCUAGGCAUUCGAGUAGAGAGGACUUUUCAAACAGCACUUCCAGCGAAGACAUGGCAAGCAUCCUGCUGAGCAAUGGAGACUUCGACGAGUAUGCUGGCACAAGCAGAAGGACAAGAGCAAGGACAUUCUAUUCCAUUCUUUUGAUGAGCUCAAGAGGGGACAUUAUACCUGUGCAGAAGAAAGCAUAUGGCCAAAUUGUCUUCACAAGGAACGGGUUCUAG